GGGGGCUCCCUGUUGCCCUGGUUACGCCGAGGCACGUGUGCAGUCCCGGAAGCGGCUCCGGGAAGCUGCCCAGCGCGCGCAGUCGGAGGAAGCGCAGCCCGGUCCGCUGGGGUCGGGUCCGGCUGGGCCAUGGAGCCGUUGCCUGAGCCCGCGCCCCGGCCCGGACCCCGCUGUCUUCUCCUUCUCUCCCUGCUACUGUUGCUGCUGCUGCUACUGCCGGCCCCGGAGCUGGGCCCGAGCCAGGCGCAAGCCGAGGAGACCGACUGGGUUCGACUUCCCAGCAAAUGCGAAGUGUGUAAAUACGUUGCCGUGGAGCUGAAAUCAGCUUUUGAGGAAACCGGCAAGACCAAGGAGGUGAUCGACACAGGCUAUGGCAUCCUGGAUCGGAAGGCUUCCGGAGUCAAAUACACCAAGUCCAUUUCAGAGCCCCCAGACCAGAUGACCUAUCUUCCUUCCAGCUCUGACUUCCCUUUGCCCCUCUCGUGCUGCUGUCUCUGCAGGGACUUACGGUUAAUCGAAGUCACUGAGACCAUUUGCAAGAGGCUCCUGGACUAUAGCCUGCACAAGGAGAGGACCGGCAGCAACCGGUUUGCCAAGGGCAUGUCUGAGACCUUUGAGACACUGCACAACCUGGUCCACAAAGGGGUCAAGGUGGUGAUGGAUAUCCCCUAUGAGCUGUGGAAUGAGACCUCUGCAGAGGUGGCUGACCUUAAGAAGCAGUGCGACGUGUUGGUGGAAGAGUUUGAGGAGGUGAUCGAGGACUGGUACAGGAACCACCAGGAGGAAGACCUGACUCAGUUCCUCUGCGCCAACCACGUGCUGAAGGGCAAGGACACCAGUUGCCUCGCAGAGCAGUGGUCCGGCAAGAAGGGGGACACAGCUGCCCUGGGAGGGAAGAAGUCUAAAAAGAAGAGCGGCAAGGUCAAGGCCUCGGGCAGCGGCAGCAAACAGAGGAAGGAGCUAGGUGGCCUUGAAGAAGACCCCAGCCCCGAUGAGGAUGAGGGCAUCCAGAAGGCAUCCCCCCUUACACACAGCCCCCCGGAUGAGCUUUGAGCCUAACCCAGUGCCCCCUGUAUCGUGACCCCUGACCUGGAAGCUGAAGAAUCUGGGGCACAGCUCUGGCAGGCAGAUGGCUAUCCCUCUCCAAGCCCUCCCUGCCGUGCCGGCUUCCUGCCGGGAAAGACACAGGGCCAGGGAAGAGCUCAGAUCAGCUGCCGUCAGCCUACCGACCUCCUCCCUCUGCCAAGCGGCUGUCCUGACCCAGGCUUCAGGCAGGCCAUGCGAUUUCAUGCCUGCCAAGGACUCCAGUAUGAACUCCGGAGGGGCAGGUGUGGAGAGGGCACCCGGCCUUCACCUCCCCUCACUCCUUCCCAGCAGGGAAGCAAGACUACAGGCCUCCCCACCCCUGCUUAUCCCCUCCUGUGGACACCUUGCACUCUGCCCGGCCCUCCCCAGGGCUCACAGAGUAAAAACCUUUUGGCCUU